AUGGAUGAAACAUAUAUUCACUCAACACACACCAAAACCAAUGGUUGGACAGAUGGUACCACUUCGGGACUGAAGACACCUCUAAGUAAAGGACAACGACUUAUAAUUGUUCACGCAGGCGGGGAAGGUGGAUUUAUUAACAAUGCUCUACUUACGUUCAAAUCAGGGAAGAAGUCAGGGGACUAUCACGAUGACAAGAACUACGAGAAUUAUGAAAGAUGGGUAAACACUAAAUUAAUUCCAAAUUUGAAAGAUAAUUCUGUUGUUAUGAUAGAUAACGCACCAUAUCACAACAAACAAGACGAUCCUGCACCAACAACAUCAAGCAGAAAGGCCGAAAUGAUUAAAUGGCUUUCCGAGCGUAACAUUGUUCACUCAAGCACUAUGUUCAAACCCGAAUUGUAUAAUCUUAUACAAGCCUACAAGCCCACAUACAAAAAAUACAAAAUUGAUGAAAUAUUUUCUAAAAGUGGACACACUGUUUUGCGCCUGCCACCCUACCAUCCAGAUUUAAAUCCAAUUGAACUAAUUUGGAGCCUACUUAAAGAAAGAGUAGCAAAGAAAAAUGUGACAUUUAAUAUAAAUACGGUGGAACAAUUGGUGAAGGAAACGUGUGAUUCGAUCACUCAAGAAGAUUGGAGGAAAAGGUGUGAUCAUACGAUAUCUGUGGAACAAACUUAUAUGGAACUCGAAUGUCAAAUCGACGAAAUGAUAGAACGGAUUGUUGUGAGACUCGGCGAGGACUCCAAUAGUGACGAAUGGGAUGAAGAAAGUGGCAGUGACGAAGACAGGGAACCUAUCGUUGACAAUAGUGACAGUGGUGAUGAUGACUUAACGGGAAUUGUGCACUUUGAGUGUUAUUAA